AUGAAAAUCAACCAGUCGUCCUUCCUUCUCUUCCUUCUUCCCGCCAUUUCGGCCGCGCUCGCCGACACAACAUACAAUGACAACAUAGAUUCUCAGGUGUCGCGCGAGACAGCUGGAAACAAUGCUCACCUCGUCGACUCGAAUAUAGUCGCAUCCAAUGUCGCCAAAGGGGCGCCGGACGUCCCCGUCGAUGGCAAGGAUGGCAGACCGCACGCUGGCCCGUGGGUGGAAACCAACGCAGACCGGGACCACAAAGUUGCCAAGGCAGGCGGAGAUAUUGAUUCAGGUUCCAGAUAUGACACCAAGAUUCCCUCUUCGGAGCACCUGAGCACCGAGGAAGGGAAGGUGAUCCCCCAUUCAAAUGGCGGCGUUAUGGAUGAUCCGUAUCGGUCCGGGCCCAGAGAAGGCACGCGCGGAACAGAGGGCGGUGUGUCCGAGAAAGGAAAGGAGAAUCAAUUGGUCUCAGAAAAGGUGCCAGGGAGCCCCAAGGAAGCGCCUCCGCUGCCUCAUAUCGAGACGAAGAAGCUGGUCUCUAACAGCGACGACGCAACAACCGGAAGUGCAAUCCGGGCUGCGGAGAAUCCGGGAAGUCUUGGUAUGCUCGAGAAACCGUCGGGAUUGCCUGAAAAGCCCCACGAUAUUCCAUACCCCAAGCCCCCGGCCGUGGUUAAGGAUGAUCCUCUAGGCCUUGGACACGACUCAGUCGCCGCGGGGUCGUCUUCGAGUUCAUCCUCCUCGCUGACCUACGACCACGACCAUGACUCUGGUAUCCCCGACGCAGGGAGCCCAAUGCACUCGCUUGUAUUCUCGUUCACCAUGAUCCUCGUCUCUGAAAUUGGCGACAAGACUUUCCUUGUGGCUGCCCUGAUGGCCAUGAGACACCCCCGCUUGGUGGUGUUUAGUGCCGCAUUUAGCGCCUUGAUUGGCAUGACUGUCCUUUCAGCCGUCCUGGGCCAUGCUGUUCCAACCCUUAUCCCUAAAACUUUCACCAAAUUUAUGGCUGCCAUUCUUUUCUUGGUAUUCGGUGUGAAGAUGCUCAAGGAAGGUCGUGAAAUGUCUCCAGAUGAGGGUGUCGGCGAAGAGAUGCGAGAGGUCGAGGCGGAGCUUGAAGAGAAGGAGCACGAACAGCUGCGCAUGAGCCGCCGCCGCUCCUCGGUUACUCCUCACAACCUUGAAGCAGGUCGCGCUGGCCGUCCCAAAACUCGCGGCUCUGGAAACCGCCUGCCCUCGCCUCCGGAAAGCCUGUCCUCGUCCUCGUCCCGUGGCUCUUCCCCCCAGCCCCGUCAACGGUUGAACAAUGCCGUUUCCGGGCUGAGCAACCUCUUUUCCCUACUUCUCAGCCCCGCGUGGGUUCAAACUUUUGUCAUGACAUUCCUCGGCGAAUGGGGUGACCGCAGCCAAAUUGCCACUAUCGCCAUGGCCGCUGGCCAGGACUACUGGUGGGUUACUAUUGGAGCUAGUGCUGGUCACGGAAUCUGCACCGCAGCCGCUGUGAUUGGUGGAAGGGCUAUCGCUGGCCGGGUCAGCAUGCGUGUUGUGACCCUGGGCGGUGCUGUGGCAUUCCUUGUGUUUGGCGUCAUCUACUUCAUUGAAGCCAUCUUUUAA